AUGGGCAAAGGAAGAGCACCAUGUUGUGAGACAACCAAAGUGAAGAGAGGGCCAUGGAGCGAAGAGGAAGACUUGAAACUCGUCUCUUUCAUCCACAAGUAUGGUCAUGAGAAUUGGAGAUCUCUCCCAACACAAGCCGGAUUGCUGAGGUGUGGAAAGAGUUGCCGUCUUCGAUGGCUUAAUUACCUCAGACCUGAUAUUAAACGUGGCAACUUCACCCCAGAGGAAGAAGCAACCAUCUAUAGACUUCACCAGAGCCUUGGAAACAAGUGGUCGAAGAUUGCUGCUAAACUGCCUGGAAGAACAGACAAUGAGAUCAAGAAUGUGUGGCACACAAAUCUCAAGAAAAGACUGAGGUCGAGCACUGGCCUUAAUGCUGGUGAAGAGGCUUCUCCAAAAGGUUCUUUGAAUGAAGUAGAGACCUCUCCAGAGCCAUCUCCGAAUGUCUCUAUCUCUCUUGUUGGUUCCAACAACUCAAGCAAAGAAGAUGAUGUGCAGAAAGAUCAAGCGUUUGAGUUUACUGAAGAUUACAGCGAAUGUAUGGGAAUGUUACAAGAGGUUGACAAACCAGAGCUGCUGGAGAUACCUUUUCAUUUAGAUCCUGAGGUUUGGAGUUUCAUGGAUGAUUUAGACCAAUUCCAACAGCCUGAGAACAGUUUGACUUCAGGGGAUCCUCAAGAGUCUGAAGAAGAUGAGGUUGGGAAAUGGUUUAACCACCUGGAAAUCGAGCUCGGGUUAGAAGAAAACGACAACCAAGAGCAAGAGCAGAAACAGGGAACAAGAGACGAGGAAGAACCAUCUCCACCAUCGCUCAUGGAGAGUUUCGAGUUCCUACUAGAUCCAUGA